CCGAGCGCUUCCUUUGCCAAGAUGGCGCUGGGAGGCAGUGGCGGCGGCGGCGCCCCGCGCUUGAAAAACGAGGCUGACUCCGGCUUUCUGGGGCUGCGGCCCACGUCGGUGGACCCGGCGCUGCGGCGGCGGCGGCGAGGCCCACGAAAUAGAAAGCGAGGCUGGCGGCGGCUCGCUCAGGAGCCGCUGGGGCUGGAGGUCGACCAGUUCCUGGAGGACGUGCGGCUACAGGAGCGCACGAGCGGUGGCUUGGUAUCCGAGGCCCCCGAUGAGAAACUGUUCUUCGUGGACACUGGCUCCAAGAAGAAAGAGCUGAACAAGAAGAAGACCAAAAGCCAGAAAAGGUCACUUCUUCUCAAGAAACCCCUUCGUGUCGACCUCGUCCUAGAGAACACGUCCAAAGUCCCUGUCCCCAAAGAUGUCCUCGCCCACCAGGUCCCCAACGCCAGGAAGCUCAGACGGAAGGAGCAGCUUUGGGAGAAGCUGGCCGAGCAGGGCGAGCUGCCCCGGGAGGUGCGCAAGGCCCAGGCCCGGCUUCGGAACCCUCCUGCCGUCAGAGCCAAGCCGGGGCCCCAGGACACCAUCGAGCGGCCUUUCUACGAUCUCUGGGCCAAAGACAACCCCCUGGACCGGCCCUUGGCUGGCCAGGACACCUUUUUCCUGGAGCAGACCAAGAAGAAAGGAGUGAAGCGGCCGCCGCGUCUGCACGUCAAGCCCUCCCAGGUCCCUGCCGUGGAGGUGACGCCCGCCGGGGCCUCCUACAACCCGUCCUUUGAGGACCACCAGACCCUGCUCCUGGCGGCCCACGAGGUCGAGCUGCAGCGACAGAAGGAGGCAGAGAAGCUGGAACGGCAGCUGGCCCUGCCCAGCUCAGAGCAGGCUGCCACCCAGGAGUCUGCAUUCCAGGAGAUGUGCCAGGGGCUGCUAGAGGAGUCCGACGGGGAGGGGGAGCCCGGCCAGGACAAGGGGCCCGAGGCUGGAGGGGAGCAGGCCGAGGGAGCUGAGGCCUCGGUCAUGGCCAUGCGCCCGGCCGCCGUGGAGAAGAAGACUGAGCAGCAGCGGCGGCGGGAGAAGGCCGCCCGGAAGAUGCGGGUGCAGCAGGCUGCACUGCGGGCCGCCCGGCUCCGGCACCAGGAGCUCUUCAGGCUGCGUGGGAUCAAGGCGCAGGUGGCACAGCGCCUGGCGGAGCUGGCGCGGCGGCGGGAGCGGCGGCGAGCACAGAUACUGGCCCAGGCGGACCGGCCUCGCAGGCUGGGGCGGCUCAAGUACCAGGACCCCGACAUCGACGUGCAGCUCAGCUCAGAGCUCUCGGGCUCUCUGAGGACCCUGAAGCCUGAAGGCAACAUCCUCCGCGACCGGUUCAAGAGCUUCCAGAAGAGAAACAUGAUCGAGCCUCGGGAGAGAGCCAAGUUCAAGCGCAAGUACAAAGUGAAGCUCGUGGAGAGGCGGGCAUUCCGCGAGAUCCAGUUGUAGCCGCCGCAGAUGCCGGAGCCCCCGCCCUGCAAUAAAGCACCUGUGACCGCCA